AUGCUCUGCUCCAUCUGUUCCACAACACUUAUGGGGAUAUGGGACCCAUUCAAAACUCCACGAGUCUGUCAAGUCAAAGACUUUCUAGACGACCACAGUAUCCGUGGAUUCGAGUUGCCCGAGGACAGACCAGACCACCUUCACCCAAAACACCACGUUUUCGGCCACCACCCUUCACAGGAUUCCUUCGAGAAGUCUGUCCAGGAUGGGUGUUUUCUGUGCUGCCUUUUGGACUCCAAGGGUCAGGCUUAUGGGGAUGGCAAGAUUCGUAAUCUUGAUAAAUUGGGAUAUUAUUCCGUUCUUGCCAUUAACUUUAAGCUUGCCAAAGCCCCAGUCUUUGCUUUAUUUUCUUCUCAAUGCUACAUACAACAACUUGUACAACAGCUCGAAGGCUCUGUGGCAGAUUUCAAUCUUAGAAUCAGCCCCUCAACUCAAGACGGUGCAACCUGGGGCCUAAUUCAAGGUUGGCUAGAUACAUGCCUCCAAUCUCACACACGAUGUAAUAAGCCGAAAGACCCCGCCUUUACCCCAGACCAUCUCCUUGAGCUUGAUAUUGAUACUCGGACCUUCCGCCUGGUUGCUGCUGCUGAGAUUCAAGCUGGCACCCGCUACUGCACAUUGACCUACGCCUAUCAAGUGGAUGAUGCCGAGAUCACACCCUCUACCAUUCAACAAUUACAGCCCCUCUCUAUCCUACCUCAAACAUACCAAGAUGCCUUCAUUGUGGUGGAAAUGCUAGGUCUGAAGCACCUUUGGAUUGACCAUCUCUGUUUGAUUCAAAAUAGCCAGUUGUCACUAGAACAGCUUACUAUCAAAAACAGAGACAUAUUCUUGAACAGUUUCUGUGGCAUUGGCGCCACAGGCGCUACUUCACCUUCUUCUGGGCUUUUUGCCCAGAGAGAACCACAGAAUGUUGUUCCUGGUCUUGUUGACUUCCCUCUGGAUACUAGCGGCAACAAAUCUGUCCUGAAGUUUGAUUAUCGAACCCCUCAGGUGGAGAGUUUUAGUGAUGAGCCAAUGAUAGAAAAGCCCCAUGCUAUGCAGGAGCGCCUUCUAACGCCAAGAAUGAUACACUUUGCUUCCACGCAAGUCUACUGGGAGUGCUAUGGGGCUCUCAACAGUGAGCUCAAUCCCCAUGGCAUAGUACUAAGACCAAAUACUACACUGGGCAGAGAAGGCGAAAAGACGGCUGGGGGACGGACACUUCUCUCGAUGUGGAAGCCACUUUUAGAGGCCUGGUUCUGGUCUUAUGAAGAUCCAAGAGACGAGCUUCUGGGUCGCUGGAGCCACUUUCUGGCCUACUAUCUAAAAGGCAGAGAUGAGUUCCCGAAAUAUCGGCUCAUACGGCUCGACAGUGUAGUCGCAGAGAUGAAGCAUGCUCUAAAGGAGCUUGGCCGUGAUGAUGCAUACCUUGCAGGGAUGUGGAAGGAUACACUCCCUGUAAGCCUUCUUUGGAUCGCAAUACAAACAGGAACCAAGCCAACUGAAUACCUUGCCCCGUCUUGGAGCUGGGCCUCAAACAACGGUGUUAUUGGCUUCCCAAGCCAUAGCGCAGAGGAAUUUGAUAACGGGAUCCUUUGUGACUUCAUUAGUGGCACUUGCCAGGUCAAUGAUAUAGGACAACCCAUUAGUGGGCAUAUUAUUCUCAUGGGAAAGCUUCUUGUUGCAAAAGUUUCUCAUGAUACUGAAUGGCCCCUUAAAGGUGCUACAAGAAGGGAGAUUCUGAGCGUGGCUGAUCCAAACACCGGCACUUGUCUAGCCGAGGCUCCAGAAUCUGUGCACAAGCACCGUUGGAACAUCUUCUUUGAUACAGAGGAAGAUAGGAGGGAAUCUGUGUUCUUUCUGCCGAUUAAAAGGGCAAAUCAAGAGAAGGGACAGCCUGGGAGUGAAGAUAUGUUCUUGAUUAAAGGUAUUGCCUUGUAUAAGGUGGACAGUGGUUUGUUCCGGCGCUGUGGCCAGGCAGAUAUUAUGGUAAGAAAGGAUGAAAAUAAGUUUAGCGGCCUUCUAGACUCUACUGUUCAAAUUAUUUAG